AUGAGGAAAUCUUGUGGGUUCUUCUUCUUGCUCCUCCUCCUUGUCUUUGCAUCCCAGGUGGUGGUGCAGACGGAGGGAAGAGUGUGCGAGUCACAGAGCCACGGGUUCAAGGGUGCGUGUUCUGGUGACCAUAACUGUGCUCUGGUCUGCAGGAACGAAGGUUUCUCCGGUGGAAAGUGCAGAGGCUUCCGUCACCGAUGCUUCUGCACCAAGAUUUGUUGA